AUGGAUGUAGUUCUACUUGAUGCAUUAUUAGAGCAGCAGGCUAAUGGAAAUAGAAUUGAUGGAACUUUCACAACAACGACUUAUAAUAUUGUUUUGAAAAUUUGUCAAGAGGAACUCAAAUAUCCAUUUGAUAAGGAUCAUUUGAAAAAUCGCAUCAAAACUUUAAAGAUUAACUUCAAUGCUUGCUAUGAUCUAUUCAAAAGUUUGAGUGGAUUUUCAUGGAGCCCAAUUACAAAAAUGUUUGAAGCUGAUGAAGUUUGGAAUGCUCUUAUUGAGGCAAAGCCUAGUGCUAAAAAGUGGAGAAUGGCUGGAUUUCAAAAUUAUGAUAAAUUGUUGGAGCUAUUUGCAAAAGAUAGAGCUACAGGAGAAGGUGCCAUAAGUGCAAAGGAAAAGGUCCAACAAUGGGAAAAGAAAGUAGUUGCAGUCAAUUUGUAG